AAGCACGGUCAGUCGCGUCGGAGACACCGACGAGGACGCGCGUGCGUAGACCAUGGCGAAGACAAUCAUCUUCGUGGCAGCUCUAGCAGGGCUAGUGGGCUUUCUCUGGUGGAGUCUGUUCUGCGAUGGUCCAUCCACCCCACCUCUCCUUAAAGCGGAAUGGUGGGGACCCCCCAGUCUAAAGGCUAAGCAAGACACCAGCAUCAGGGCGUUCAAAGUGAAGUUCGAUGAGCAAAUGGUAGCUGACCUGAAACAACGGCUGAAGAGCCACAGGCCUUUCACACCACCCUUGGAGGGCGUAGGCUUCGAAUACGGAUUUAACUCGGCCCAGUUAGACAGUUGGAUCAAAUAUUGGGCGAUGGAGUACCCGUUCGCUGAGAGGGAGAAGUUCUUCAACCAAUUCCCUCAGUUCAAGACCAACAUCCAAGGGUUGGACAUACAUUUCAUCAGGGUGAAACCCAAGGUUCCCUCGGGAGUGCAGAUCCUCCCGCUGCUGCUGAUGCAUGGUUGGCCAGGCUCUGUUCGCGAGUUUUAUGAGGCGAUACCUCUGCUGACCAAGCAAACCGCCGGCUAUGACUUCGCGUUUGAAGUGGUGGUGCCUAGUCUGCCUGGUUUUGGAUUCUCUGAUGCGGCUGUCAAACGAGGUAUGAACAUGGCCUAUACUGCAGACAUCUUCAGGACACUGAUGCACCGCCUCGGACACAAGAAGUACUACAUCCAGGGCGGAGACUGGGGAGCAGGGAUCGCCAGCACCAUGGCUACUCUCUACCCUGACGACAUACUGGGACUUCAUAGCAACAUGCUUUCAACCCAGCAUCCCUGCGCCAUGUUCCGCUUGUUCGUUGGCGCGUGGCUCCCGUCCCUGAUCGUAGACAGCCACCUUGCUGAGCGGAUGUAUCCUUUGUCGUCGAUUUUCGCCAACCUGCUCGAGGAGUCAGGCUACUUCCACUUGCAGUCCACGAAGCCUGACACUGUGGGCGUCUCUCUCACGGACUCCCCAUCGGGUCUCCUCGCCUACAUCCUGGAGAAAUUCUCUACCUGGACACGUCUGGAGCACAAGCUGAAGGUGGACGGUGGGCUGGGCUUCAGGUUCUCGAGGGAACAGCUGGUUGAUAACCUGAUGGUCUACUGGAGUACCAACUCAAUCACUACUUCAAUGCGGUUCUACGCAGAGAACGUCGCCAGUUCCUUCAGGAGUCUCAAACUUGAUUCGUACAAAACUGCUGUCCCAACCUGGGGUCUGCAAGCCAAGUCGGAGUUGAUGUACCAGCCACCAGCACUGCUCAGGAUGAAGUUCACCAACCUCCUGAACACCACAGUCCUGGACGACGGAGGCCACUUCCUCGCCUUCGAGCUGCCCCAAGUCUUCGUCGAGGAUGUCUUCAGAGCCGUUAAGGCUUUCAGAGAAUGGCACAAGAGUAAUGUUAAGACUGAACUGUGAUUUUAAUAAAGGGUUUUUCAUUUUUAGUA